AUGGCCGAUACUCAAGCUCCCGUUAACGGCAAUUAUCCUGUACCCCACGCCUAUCAUGACUCUUACAACCAUGCCCAUGCUGUUGCCAACAAUGCCUCGAACUUCCAGCCAGCGCAAUCCACCACUCCCACCAAUGUCCCUCCUAGUGACCAAAAAAAUGCGAUCUCCAAGGACGAGGUCGGCUGGUAUUUUGUUGAGCAAUACUAUACCAAUAUGAGCCGUAGUCCGGACAAGUUGCAUCUUUUCUACUCUCGGCGUUCGCAGUUGGUCUUUGGAACUGAAGCAGAGUCGGUUCCUGUUGCUGUGGGCCAAAAGGCUAUCAAUGAGAAAAUCAAACAGCUUGAUUUUCAAGACUGCAAGGUCCGUGUUUUGAACGUCGAUUCUCAGGCUUCAUUUGACAACAUCUUGAUCUCAGUCAUCGGUGAGAUCUCUAAUAAGUCCGAGCCAUCUCGCAAGUUUAUCCAGACCUUCGUUCUUGCUGAGCAACCUAAUGGAUACUAUGUUCUCAAUGAUAUCUUCAGAUACUUGGUUGAUGAGGAGGAUAUCGUGAAUGAGGAGCCCGCUCCCGCUGCGCCUGCCGAGUCUGCCGCACAACCGGCUACCGAUGAACCCGCACAGCCUGAGACGAAGAGUGCCCCGACUGCGGAGGCCCAGGAGGCCAACGAAGUCACAGUUGUCAAGGUGGACGAGAAGCUUGAACAGGCAGAAGAAAAGGCCGAGGAAGAGCAGCCAGAGGAACCUGCACCUCAGGUCAAUGGAACUGAGGCCCAGAGCAGCGAGGAUGUUCAGGAACCUGCCGCCCUGGCUGAAUCUGAGGCGCCCAAGACGGAAAAGCCCGCCACACCGGAGCCUACGCCUGCCCCAACAACACAAAAGGAGAAUACCGCUCCGGCCAAAGAGCCUGCUGUACCCGCCAGAGCCGUACCAAAGACCUGGGCCAACAUUGCCUCCAAGUCCGGUGCUACUGCUCCUGUUGUGCCUGCAAUUCCCGUUGCUCCCGUUAAGCCCGCUCCUGCUACCAGCUCCGCCCAGUCGGUCCCUGCCCCUGCUGCUGCGGCUGCCACAGCCACUCCUGCUACUGACAGCACUCCUAGCCAGCCUCCUUCCAAUGAUGGGUCUGGCUGGCAGACUGCCGGUCACGACCAUAAGAAGACCCAGCCUCGUGCGGGUGAUGAUCAAAACGUUAUGGCCUAUAUUAAGAACGUCACUGAUAAGGUCGAUGCAAACCUGCUCAAGCAGACUUUGUCCCGCUUUGGAAAGCUCAAGCACUUUGAUGUGAGCCGUCAGAAGAACUGUGCUUUCGUUGAGUUCGCUGACCCUGCCGGCUACGCCGCUGCUGUUGCUGCCAACCCGCACCAGGUCGGAACUGAGCAGAUCUCUGUAGAGGAACGCCGUUCUCGUACUAGCGCCUACGGGGGAAAUACCAACUACGGCGCUGGUCGGGGUGGCUCUGGCCGUGGUCGCGGCGACCGUGCCGGCAGCCAGGGCCGUGGUGGCUUCCAGCGUGAUGGUCGUGGUGGUUUCGCUCCCCGUGGUCGUGGCGGCAGCGGCAACGUCAACGCCAAAGCCCGCAACCAAGCCCAGGCUGCUUAG